AGUGUUCAUCAUGUAAACGAAGUGCAUUUUGUUGUGUGUAUGUAUGCGAGUGUGCGUGUGUGCGUGUCUGGGGCGCAAAGAAAGUUGCUUCUUUUUUUAUUCGUGUUCUUUUCAACGUGACGUGUUAGGCCUAUGUACAUUCUUCGUCCCAGUCUUUAAGAUGAAGAAGGACGGACAGAGUGAGGUUACCGGUUCAUCCACUGAGCUCCGGGAACGCGACUGUUCGAGACGCGUCGCAAUGCAACUCCAAUGAACGCGCAAUAACAAGCGUAUUAACUACUUGCAAACUUCCAAAAUGCCUAUUGACGCAGUUUCACCUAUUUCGAUAUCACUCUCGGCAACAAGAUAAGUUUGGUGGUGAUCGAUGGUCGGUCUCGGAGCUGACUGCAGCUGUUCAACAGUAUUGUUUUUGUACAUACGUUUUGCAAUCAGCAGAAGUGAAAGUCCUGUGCCUUUUAAUGUGCGAAGUGGUACAAUUUAAUGAAGCGUAGUUGACGUGCUGCGUCGGUCCAGUAUUUUUUAUUUUUUACAGCUACGACAUUUAUAGUAGAACAAUAAGCCAUAAGCAAAGCAGGGGGACAAUGCUGAAGACGUUGACAAAGAAGCUUAGAAGACAUUCGCUCAAUGAGAUCCAUCCCUUCCAGCUAAAGAUUUCUUACCAUGGCAGUGGGGAAGGGUUUGAGAGUGAUGACUCAGAGGGGGAAAAUCAGGAACUUGCACAAAUCGACAGAGAGAGGCGUCGGAACUGCGGCCUCACCCCGUUGGCCACCAGCCAGCAGCACAACCAGGGGCCGCUCUCCCCGGCCCGUCUACGCAGGCUCCGCCUACUCCUGGACGCCAACCUGGACCGCCACUCGUCGGAGGAGGAGCUUGAGCGCAUCAGCCGAAUCGGCGAAGGCAGGAAGUGGGCGUCGGCCUUGCACCAGCGCCACGGCGACCGCCACAGCAGUGCCUCCAGCGACGAGGAGGUGAGGGACCUGUGCGGCGCGGCCGGCGGUGGCGGCGGCGGAGGCGGCACAGGGGUCAUCGGCUGCGUGUCGCCCGUAAACCCGGCCAACCCUUCCAGGCCUCUGGUGGUGGUGGAGCAGCCUGGGGCUCGCCUGGCCGCCUCCCCCAGCCCGGUGCUCUUCAGCUCCAGCCCCCCGCACAGCCUCAAGCCGCCCCCGCUGAGGUUCCAGCUGCAGGUAGUGCAGCCGGUGGCACGGCCCAUCCUCCUGACCCACUUUGACCAGUCGGCCGCCCCGUACCGCAGGAACCGCCACGGCUACGCCGGGGAGCCGCGCCGGCCCAGUCUGGACCUGGAGAAGAUGCAACAGAAAAUGCUGCUGAAAAAGAACUGUGGCGGGAAAACUCGAUCUAUAAAGAUCAGGAGCCUGGCCGCUGGCCGGCCCCCGGCCCCCAGGUACACGGGCCCCUACGACCCCUCCGUCUUUGCGUUCCGUUCGCUGAGCACCGCCCCCCCCUGCAGUCCGCUGAUGCCGUCCGAGGAGCCCCUGUCGGCGCCCUGAUCGAAUCCCGCCGUUGACAGUGUCUCCCAGUGUCCCCCCCCCCCCCCCCCCACACACCCCUUCUCUCGCCCACCCAUUCCAAGACCCCUCUCUCAAAGGACCAAAGGCGAAGGAGGAUGUUCGACACAGAGCGAAGCUGGAGGGAGACACGACCCCAUAGUGACAAUGUUGUUUUUGCACACUCAGGUUCCCCGCCCCCCCUCCCCCCCUCCUCCCUCUCUCUCGCUCUGUCAUGCUGUCAUCCUCGUCCACCCGUGUUCACUAUGAGGGGAAAUACCCAUGAACAUUUUCCAGGAGGAGGAGACGUUGGACUGGAGUUUGACGUCAGGCCAGUGUGGGUCUGCAGAGGUACUUCAGGUUGUCCACUCAAUCCCCCAGCGUGGGUGGAACUGUGAAACGUGGACCAGAGACAGUACAGACGGUGUCCCUUUAUGGUCUUCAGGGGCGGAGUAAGUCGCGUUUCGACGUCAGGUCUUUUAGGGGAAGCGCAUGCGAGACAAUCGGAGCGGUUUAAUGUGCUUCGACCUUUGAGGGUUCUUGGUUCUCUUGCUAUCUGCUACAAAACGUCCACCUAAUUAUUGUUCUGGUUAAACUUAACACACACACGCACACCUUGUGUAAUGUAGUUGGGACACGGCCUACAGUGUGUCUUUAUUUGGUGUACUAUAUCAAAGCGCAGGACACCGGCUGGCUGUAGCAGACUCUACAACGAUAGUAGUUAAGUAGUGAUUCUCUUUGACCUUGUACCACAAUGUACCCUCAUUACUGACUUUUAGUGCGAAGGGGUAAAAAAGUACUUGUUUCCCGCUCUACCUGCAUGAAUGCAACUGUUUUUGCAGACGCCAGGGAGGUCUGACUCAAAAAGUAUGGAAAUUGUUUGCUGUGCAAAAAUCAGGCGAGUCAAACUGGUGCUUUCUAGGCUACAGUGUAGUGUGUGCCAUGUUGUGUCCUCUGUAUAGAUGAAGGCCACCACCACGGUAAAGAUGACACAUUUAUGGUCGUUUUCUUCUUCUCUUUCAAACCCCUUAAUGCCUUGAAAUGACAUUCCUGCUGUGUUGGAUGUAAUAUUAGGCACUUAAAGUUCAAUAGUAGUAAUGGCGUGGUGGGGUGUAGACACACUGGGCAACCCUUGCUCAACAUCGCCGCUAGGUCCUAUGAAUGUGUCUCAUUGUUGGCUAUGCUAAUCAAACACAAUGCCGCCACUGUAAUUGUGGUUUGCUGGAGUGAAUGUAACAUCGUGACAUGUUCCCCCUGCUGCAUACAAAUGAACUAAUAAAUGCCCUCUGGCCUCUUGUUUAUGAAGUACUUGUCAUUUGUGGGACAGUCAAUGCACCGUUCACACCCCUUAUUUUCAAUGCAUCAUAACUUGGGCCGUGUGUGUGACAUGUCUUCCGGGAUUUGGUUUUAUAGAUAGAUAGAAAACCUGUCACUCAUCGCUAAGUUAAGCCACACAUUCACACUCUCUCCAUCUUUGGCAAUAAAAACAUUGUAUACCACCAACAAUUGAGUCAUUCGAAUGAUCGAAGUGAUGUUGUGUAGUCACAAAGCAGGUGCUAAACAUUCUGGGAAGCAGUACAGAAAAAGGAGGCCCACUCCAUGUCCUGAAAAACAUCAAGACAUCUCCUGACUUGAGGGGGCUGAGAAAUGUUGGAAGGAAAGUACAGAGUGGUAUGCUAUCGCGCUAUGCUACAUAGGACAUCGCGGAAAUACAUUUUCUUGCAGCAUUUUCUUCAACGAUAACACAAAAGGAAUGACAUUUUGUGUAUAUUUUCAGGUUACUAUCCCAAUCCAAAUCAAAACUUAAUGCUGGUGCUGUAUUUAAAAUGACCUCAAGUUGUCUUAUCAUAACAAGAACAAGAUGUGCACUGUGGAUUGAGUCUAGAAGGUGAAGGGUUUGUUUAAUAAAGUAUAGUACCUGUUUGUUUACAGUCGGGGAGCUUUGUUGAUGAAUCAUACCCGGAACAUUAACAAAGGCAAGCCUUCUGGUUUAAAUCAUGGCAACAAUGACCCUUAGGAGCAAACUAGGAAGCAUCACAUAUAACUAAUCUGAAACAAGUUUUUUUUGUCA